CCUUCGCCACAACAAGGCAUUGAUCCAUGAAGGGGAUGCCUGGUCUAAACAAUGCCAAUAAAGGCUGAACGAAUAUUUUGCAAAUAACAGCAAUGGAAACAAUUGAACUGAUUUCUGCUCCGCCCCCCAAAAAACGUUUCUUUAGAAAAGUUGUGCAAUCUGAGAAUUGGGAAAGGUUAAACCAGAUCCCGGCACUCACAGUCACGGGUUUUCUGGACUUCUGCAAAAUCAAUGAGGCAAGAAUGUCGCAAGGAAUUGUUGCCAGGAAAGGUGUUCAGUGGAGUCUCACCUACAAAAAGAGGACCAGCGAUGCUUCUUACUACAGAGAGAAGUGAGACAAGGACAGGCGGACAAGACCCCAAGACACUUUUGGCGGGAAGAGAGGUAAAGAUGCUUCAUCUGUCAGUGGCGGCUCUGACCGGGCUGGUCUUCCUGACACCCCUCGUCGCAGCGCAGGAUCCUGCCCUCGACAAUGCCUGGAAUCUCUGGUGCAACACCCAUUCCAAAGUAUACGCCAAGGGUGAAGAGGGUCACCGCAGAAGUUUGUGGGAGAGCAACCUGGAAAAGAUCGAACAGCACAACCGCGAGGCCGCCCAGGGAAAACACACCUACAGGCUGGCAAUGAACCGCUUUGGGGACUGGACAGAUGAAGAGUUCAAGCAGAAGAUGACCGGAUUUCGCUUUAACCAGACCAGGCAAUGCAAUGACAACGCAGCAAUCUUCAGAAAACUCUCUGAACGGCAGUCUCCCGAUUUUGUGGACUGGCGCACAAAAGGUUAUGUGACCCCGGUGAAAGACCAGGGCCAUUGUGGUAGCUGCUGGGCGUUCAGUGCCACGGGAGCUCUGGAAGCGCUGCAUUUCAAAAAGACCAAGAGGCUGGUGUCUCUGAGCGAACAAAACCUCGUGGACUGUUCCAGGAACGGGGGCAACGAGGGCUGCCACGGAGGGCUCCCGAGCAACGCCUUUGAAUACGUGCAGCAAAAUGGCAUCAACUCUGAGUGCACCUAUCCCUACGAGGCAAAGACCGGAACCUGUCGUUUCAACGGAUGGGACAGAGCAGCAACAUGCAAGGGCCAUAGAAAGAUUCCACCAGGCAAUGAGAAGGUCCUGGAAAAAGUGGUGGCGUUUGUGGGCCCAGUUUCUGUUGGAGUAAACACUUUUGACUUCCAGUUUUACCAUGACGGAAUCUAUAAUCAUUGCCAGUGCGGCGACCAUCUAGACCAUGCGAUGUUGGCCGUUGGCUACGGGUUCGAGAGGCGCGGCGGCCAGAGACUGGUUGACUACUGGAUCCUAAAGAACAGCUGGGGCUUGGCUUGGGGUAUCCAUGGCUACAUGAAGAUGCAGAAAGGAGUCAACCGCUGCGGGAUAGCAGAGCAGGCAAGCUAUCCCUUCUAACCAGCCCUCGUCUUUCCUCGUCUUCCGGAUCCAUGAAGUGCAGAACAGCGAAACCUCAGCAUUUCUUGAUCCCCUUCCUUCCUUCCUUCCUUCCUUCCUUCCUUCCUUCCUUCCUUCCUCCCUCCCUCCCUCCCUCCCUCCCUC